UCAGGAAUGCGAAGGAACGCGAGUAAGCACAAGCUAGUUGGCUAAUUAGCAAAGUUCCGAGAAAACUUUGCUUUUUGUGGCAUAUGCCAAAGUAAAUAUAUAUAUUUUAAACAAGUUGUUUUUCGCUCACGGUUUAGGAGGAAAGCUGUGGUCUAGAUGUUUAGGUCUGGCUGAUUACGGUUAAGGAACAUCGACAUGAUUGGCUGUGGUCACCCAGGGAGUAUCUGAGGGUCUGUGGACAUGGCGACGCAGUUCACCAUCGACGACGCAUUCUCAUUGGAGGGGGAGGAGGAAGGGGUGGGGCCAGAAGGAGAUCCGGAUAGGCGGAAGGCGUGGGAGCGGGAUGGAGAGAUGACGUUUGGACCGCUCUCUUUCAGCAAGCCACAGCCUCUACCCUCUGCCUCUACUGGAUCUACUGAACACAGCAACCUUAAAUACCAGAACCUGGAAAAUGAAGACAGCCUGGGCAGCCCGGUUAACUCCACCUUUAAUAACUUUUUCAAAAUCAGUGAUCCAGCCACGCUGUCCUACUGUAGCUCACAGUGGUCAUUCAGCACCCUCAGUUCUGUCACACAGCUGUCUGCGCGCUGCUGCGGGUGGAUGUCCCAUCCUUUAAUAAAGAAAAACAGAAGAGUGGUGCUAGCAUCCUUCCUCCUCCUCAUCACUGGACUUGCUCUGAUUUUCACAGGCAUCGUAGUUGAGUUAAACCCAAAUGCAGGAGUUUCAAGUGCAAUUUUCUUUGUUUCUGGAUUUCUCCUCUUUAUUCCUGGUGUUUACCACGUGAUCUAUAUAAGUUGUGCCAUCAGGGGACGAAGAGGUUUCAAGUUCUUUUACUUGCCCUACUUUGAGAAGUAUUGAAUAUGACAUCAUAUACAGUCAUGGAGGCUGGAUGCUGGCUUGCCUUUUUAAAUACAGAAAUGAUAUGAAGUAUGGAAAGAUGUUUGUGCAAUCUUAAUUUAGAGUGAAUCUGUAAACCAUCCAAAAAAUUCUGUGAAUUGAAGUUCUGUUGAAGGUCAUCAGUAAUUCCUCCAAACGUCCUGGAAUUUCAGCAUGCAAACCUCACUUGUAGCCUUGCUUUGCACAUAAUGUCUCAUAAAUCAUGACAGGCAUGACCUGAGGAGCUAACACUCAAGUCAUUAUAGACUUUGACUUGUACAUUUUUAAGCCCACCUCCCAAAUUAGUUUACCUAAAUUAUGCCAUUGACUUUGGGUUAUUGAUACUAAAUUAAAUGGAUGGCGUUGACUGUAGUUGUGCUAUGGGGUAGUUUGGCAAAGGGGGGUCCCACAGAAAAACACUGUGUCAUGGACCAAAUGGUCUCAGUUUAGAUUUACAUAUUUAUAUAUGUUAAUGAGGAUAAAACAGACUGUAAUAAUAUGUAUGGUGACAAACUGAGAGCCAGCCUCAUACUUCCUAAUACAUCAUCAUGGAUUUUCCUCCCCAUUUUUCUUUAAUUAACUAAUACCACUACUAACACUUUGAACCACUGUAAAACUCCAGCAGGUCGGGGUUGAAGAGAUGUAUUUUAUUUGUAUGUAAUUUUUUUAAAUCACUGUGCCACUACAAUAAACUUGUUUUUCUACUUUGCUUUUAAA